UCCCCGCUGCUUCAUUAGCACGUCCACAACCAGAAACUUCUGAUCGACCCAUGCCAACGGGUCCGUCACCGCUGGGCACACGGGAUCACGCCGAGAAUAGCUCGAAAACUCAGCACAAUGCCAUCGUACUCUCUCAACCAGUUCACUGAUCUGGAGGAAAUGAUGUGCAAGCAGCUGCUGGGCCUUGACCUGAGGGAGCAGAACAGGCCUCUCUCAAUGGCCAUGAAAACCCCAGGCUACAUUGGUCAGCGGAGCAACUCUUCCUUUUCCCUCUCUUCACUGUGCCCCUCCGAGUCUUCGGACAUGUUCCCGUCCCCCAGCCAAUGGAGACAGUCUCCAGAAAGUCCUCUGUCACCUCAGCUUCCCAAUUCCACCCAAUGGGGAAAAGCGGGUUUCCUGGCCCAGCGAUCUAUCAGUAUGGUGGAGACCAACAGCAUGGCUGCUGCAAGUCUUUGCUGGCCUGGGAGUGAGCUCAGCACUGCAGCUCUGAGCAGCUCCUCUCUGUCUGCCUCCUCAGUCUCCUCAUCCUCUUCUUCAUCACGCUACAAGACUGAACUGUGCCGUUCCUUCACCGAAAAUGGCCUCUGCAAGUACGGAAGCAAGUGCCAGUUUGCACAUGGAAUUGAUGAACUGCGUGACCUCAACAGACACCCGAAGUACAAGACUGAGCCAUGCCGCACUUUUCACACCAUUGGCUUCUGUCCCUACGGCAUCCGCUGUCACUUUGUGCACAACAAUGAAGAGGAGAGGAAGCAGUCCAUCUCUCGCUCCUCUUCCUCGUCAUCUUCAUCCUCCACUGGUGUUCCAACUCAGGCCCCCUCCACACGCCCCAACAGACCUCCCCUGAUCAGACACAGCUUUAGCUUUGCUGGUUUCCCCUCAGCUCCUCAGAGUGUGUCACCUGCUCACCACACCUCAGCCUUCACACGUGCACCCUCUGCCUCUCCUCCAACCUGUGCUGACAUCACCGAUCUGCUGUCCCAGGCCUUCUUGGAGCUGGACUCUGCCUUUGAGGCUUCCCCGGCUCAUCAGCAGUACCAGCCCCCACAGAGCCAGGCCUCUGCAGGUGACCCACGCUCUCCAUUCCUCCCCUCUCCAGAUUCAGGCUGCUCCUCCCCCACACUGAGGCAGAGUCCAGGGGCCCCUGGAGCCUUUGGACCAUUGGGCACCAGAUCUCUGUCCUACACGUCCCUGUCUGACCAGGACCAGGAUGGAGGGAGCUCCAGUAGCUCUCUGAGCGGCUCGGAGCCCGGCUGUGGCCUUAACGAAGCCAGUGGCAAACGCUUGGCUGUGUUCAGUCAGCUCUCUGUCCCUGACGAUCCUGCAGCCUUCUUCAUUUAGCUGCACUGUGCCUCACCCUCACACAUGCAGUGUACUAAAGGACAUCAUGACUGACUUUACUUCAAUACACAUCAUCACCAGAGACUGACACUACACAGAUACAGUUUACAUGAAAUGGUCUGUCAAAAGUAAUAAGGACACUUUUAGAACAUGUGGUUUGUCAGUUUAUAACUGUGGCUUGUCUCUUACAAUGUGUGUUGCCACCAAAAGAAAACUAUCAGGGUAGAGCUUUUAUAGGCCUGUUAAGUGUUUAUGCUUUAUCUAAGCAGUGUUCUGACACAGCAAAGUGCAACAGAGUUAUUGUAAUCACAGUGUGAUUGGCCACAGUGCGGCCUGUUGUUGAGUCCAACCACACCAGUAUUUUUAUUUCUAUUUUUCUAUCGACUGAAUGAUCUAAUAUAUGACCAAGCCAAAGAAAUCAGUUUGUAGCGUUUGAUAAUGGCCUGCGUUUAGUGUUUCCUGUUAACUGUACACAGUAUUGUUUAUACAUUGGAGAGAUUGUUUCCACACAGUGGGGUUGGAGGUUCUGUUUCCAUCUCUGCCCUGAUGCCUGAAUGUUUUUUAAAUACAACUGAAGUGCCUGUUGGGUUAUAGAGCAGGACAUGUUAUAUUGUUGAAUUCUUAAGUUGUAGAUUUGUUUGAAGUAGAGCGGGUCGAUGAAGCUAACAUUAGUUAAGCUAUUGCAAAAAGUGCAUUAUUGACUGCAACUAUUAAUCCCAGUGUCUCUCUUGCAAAGAUUUAAACAACUAUUUAUUGACCUCUAAACUUUGGUGCUACAGAAAUAUGUGAUGUGAAGCACAGACAUUCCUGGGAUUUGGAGUAGAUGACCAUUUUCUCCACAAGCAGGCAUGAACACAGUGGUAUUCAACUUUUAUUUCUGUAACUAUUCAUGUUUUGUGACUCUUUACCCCAACCCGUUUUGUUUUGUUUUUUUGAAUGUUAGCAUCCUGGUCACAGCCUGUGCAGCCAGGUGUGGGUCCAGCAUACUGUAGUGUUAGCCUAGUGUUUUAGAAUGUUACUUGGCUGUUUGUGUGUUUUCAGAUGUAGCUGGUUAGAUGAACAGAUAAGGUGUCGUUACUGCUCUAUUUAAAAUUGCCUUUUCAUCAACUUGUUUGACGCCUGUUUAGUGGUAAAGAUGAUAAUCUUUAGUAAAUUAAUUUCUUUAAUUUAUUUUAACAUAUUUAUAGAAGACUUUUGAGUUGUUAAUGCUUGUAUCAAGUUUAAUAUAUUUGGGUUUCUUUUGCUCUUUUGUACUGGAAAUAAAGUUUUUUUUGUUUUUUUUUUAA